AUGUCAUCUCUUUCAACGCCCGUUUCAUCAACGGCACGAGGCUCAACAUCAAACAAGCCAUCUACUGCUGCAACCAUGCCUGGAUGGUCUCUGCAAAUUCCUUCAUCCUCCUCCGCAUCGGAAUGGCAAGAACAGGCUACCAACAGCGUUUCUGUCGUUAGCAACAGUAACAAGAACGCAACAUUGCCAACGAGUAGCAAGAAUCAUCUUCAAAAGAGCCACCACCACGACGACGAAGAGCCUAUGAACGAUCACGGCUUGGUCGUUGAGAAUCUUAGGAGCAGUAGUAGCCAUAGUUGUCGAGAUCAUGUAGCUUCUCAGAAGAUGUUUGAAGAACAACGAAUAAUACCAUCAUCGUAUUCUUGUCCUUCAAAAUCAUCCCCUCUUUAUCCUUCUUCUUCAUCGACACUAACGACCACGUCUGCAACAUUCCCUCCAUCGCCAAUCUCUAACAACAGUUUUAAUUGUAAAACACCGCAAGAAUGCAACAUAUCACUUAAUGUCUCCUCAGAAGAAACGAAAUUAUUUCCUCAACAAGAACAACCCCUCUUGGAUUCUUCAUUAGCAUCAAACUCUUCAACCCUGAACUCCAUCUCACCUGUGUCAUCACCUGCUGAUGACCUACCCUCGAAUAUAUCUCCAUCAUGUACUAAAGUUUUUCUACCACCAUGUCAACGACGGCCGUCUCUCAACUCAGAUAAACAAGUCAUACCUGACGCUACACAGGAAGCAUUGCUCGAUGAUAUUAAGGAUUUUUUUAAGUUUUUGCACAUUUCUUUCACUGGAGGAGAUUUUUCUGAAUAUGCAAGUGCGUUGACAAGAGAAACUCACUUUCUUUUUAUGAAGUCUUUCAAAUACUUGAAUAUACUGCUAGGCUUAUCGGUAAUUUUAAUGGUAUAUUAUUUCAAGAAAGAAUCACGGUCCAUAUUUCUAAUUUGUUUUACUACCUAUUUCGAGCCAAUUAUUCAUGUAUGCUGUACUUGGCUCACUAUUUCUAAAGUGAAGACUCUAACUCAGAAAAAACGACUAACUAUUGCUCGAUGUCUGGCCUCCACCUUAAUAGCAUUUAUUGUACAUACCUACUAUGAAGUGACGCUACUAUAUGUGGUCACACUCACCAAGAUUAUAGUAUUUUGCUACUUUUUUAAUGAGACGCUUGGAACCACAAUAUUUAACUGCUGCACUAUGAUCUUCUUUACAGCAUUGGCAUUGUUUUGUACAAACACACCAUGGUACAGAAUAUUUGAAAUUACAGCCAUGUUAAUUUUUGUAUCAACGAUGAACAUUUUCAUUUCCCACAUUCAAACUUUAGAAAGAGACGGAAGCUUGAGAGAAAAAAUUGAACACUUGCAAGAGAAGAUAUUAAGUCAAGAGAAGACAAAAUUUAUUGGAAAUUUAUCUCACGAAGCAAGAAAUCCACUCCAUGGUAUAUUAGGAGCUGCCACCAUUAUGAAGAAUGAAUAUGAAAAAUGUGAAAGCCCUUUAAAACACAAGAGAAAGAGCCGACGAAGAAGUGUAUUACAUCAAAGAGAUCAAAAACCUUCCGAUCAAGAAGAUGGACUCAGUGACACUGAUUCAACAUCGAGCGAUGGUACUUCACAAUCUCAUAUUGAACUCGUGAAUGAUAUCUACAAUAAUGCAAAUUUAUUGCUACAAGUUUUCAGCACUUCUCUCCAAUUAUCAAGUCUAGAAAUUGGAAAUGUGUCACUCAAUUAUGAAGCUUUUUCUGUGCAACAACUGAUUGAGUCUGUUACGUCAGUGUUUUACACCAUUGCCAACGACAAAAAAGUAGCACUUCAUUCGUACGUGAAUUUGAACAACUUACCCUUACACGUAAUUGGAGAUCAUGUGAAAAUUUCUCAAGUGCUUAUGAAUUUAGUGUCAAAUUCCAUCAAAUACUCUCUUCCAAACGGCGGUCAUGUGACUGUGAGUUGUUCAAAAUGUGACGAUUCUGAACUAAUAGAAGAGUUCAAAAUAGACAAGCACUGCAUCAUCAAUGCAGUGCUUCAAGAAAAUCCAGAUUUCUCAGAUGAAGAUUUUGUGUUUUUGAAAUUUGAGUGCAAAGAUGAUGGCAAGGGAAUUAAGCCAGAUUGUAUCAAGGACUUAUUCCAACCUUUUAAAACGAUCCAAGAAGUUACUAUUGGCAGCGGAGAAAGCACCACUAGUCCUAGUGUGGAAUCCUCAGGCUCUCUCUUUGAUCAAUAUUAUCUCAAGUCUCUUCGAAAAAGUUCUAGCAACUCUGGAUUGGGCAUGUUGUUGACCAAUAGAAAUGGCAUUGGAUUGAGCAUUUCAAAAAGGUUGGUUGACAGAAUGCAUGGAACCAUUGCUGUCAGUAGCAACAUUUCUCCUGGAUCAUCUGGAACAACCAUUACCAUUAUUGUUCCUGUUAGAAUUGGAAACGCUGAAGCAAGUCUUAACAGUUAUGAAUCUGUGGUUCAUCAAGAAGACUUGGAAACAUUGAAAUCAAAAUUGUCUCCGUUUACUGUGUUUUUGAUUGACUCUGACAAUAUUUUCCUGGACAUUGUUGAAAAGUACCUUCGAUUUGUGAGUCACGAGUGUCACGUUGUUAAAAUUCCAAGCAUUUUGAACGACAAUCAUCUUCCUGUCAACCCUCACAGUAAGGUUCUCAUCAUUUAUCAGGAGGACAUGCACAAACAAGUGAAGAAUGUAUUCUCCUCGGUUAGCAGCUGUAACCGAAUUUUAAUGCCAAUCUCCACUCGUGGCAGAACUAGAAGGUAUCCAAAUCUUGUCUACAUUACCAAGCCGCUAAAAAUUGAGGAACUGUACCAUACCUUAGCACAGCAGCUCAUUAGCUUUUGUACGAGAGAAGUUCAAAAGCAAUUCCAACAAGGAGAGAGCAUGAUCGUCGUACCAGAAGUUUCUAUAACUAUUGAUGAAAGUGCUUCGGAACUUCCUCAACACACCUCAAUACAUUCUCCAAACCCUAAUGAAAGUAGUGGCUCUCACAAAGAAGGACGAAUAUUAGUUGUGGAUGACAAUCAAGUCAAUAGAAGAGUAAUGAGCAAAAUGAUGCAUUUAUUGGGAUUUAAGGAUGUGGACAGUGCUUGUGAUGGAAAGGAGUGUUUUGAAAUGUUUCAAACGAAACAGUAUGACGUUAUUCUCAUGGAUCUACUCAUGCCAAAUAUUUGUGGAAAACAAUGUGUGACCAUGAUCAGAGAGUAUGAAAAGUCAAAUUCACACCUACAUGUUCCAAUCAUUGCUGUGACUGCAAAUAUUUGGGAAAAUGUCACAUCAUUGUCCGAGAUUGGAUUUGAUUCAGUUCUUUACAAACCCAUUUUAAUGACCAAACUUAAGGAGGUUGUAGAGAAGUGUCUUGACGAAAAAGCAUUCGAUCCUGAUGUUUAA